AUGGAACCAGAGUUGUGCAAAGAGAUACUCAAUAACAAAGACAGAGCUUAUCCGAAAAAAGAGUUCGGUAACUUUGAGAAGAAGGUAUUAGGAGAUGGCAUGGCGACCACAUUAAAUGUUGCGAAAUGGAUGAAGUUGCGAAAGAUCGCAAACCAUGCCCUCCAUGGAGAGAGCUUGAAAGCUCAUCAUGAUGCCAAUGAGAAGGAGAGGAUAUCCGUGGAUGAUAUGAUCGACGAGUGCAAGACGUUUUACUUUGCUGGACAAGAAACCACUAAUAUUGAGCUUGCUUGGAUUGUAUUCCUUCUGGCAGUCCAUACUGAUUGGCAAGAGGAAGCAAGAAGGGAGGUUCUUGAAUUAGUUGGAAAACAAAAUCCGAGUCCUGAGGGCAUUGCCAAACUAAAAACAAUGAGUAUGAUCAUCAACGAGUCUCUAAGGCUAUAUCCUCCUGCUGUUUCCAUGGAGAGGAAAGUUGAUAGGGAGGUUAGAUUGGGAAAUUUCAUUAUUCCUGCUAAUGUUGAACUGGUCAUCCCAAUUCUAGCAAUCCACCAUGAGCCUGAAUUUUGGGGGCAAGACGCGCAACUGUUCAAACCCGAACGCUUCGCACGAGGAGUUGCUAAAGCUACUAACAAUAACAUAGCCACAUACAUACCCUUUGGAAUGGGACCUCGGACUUGUGUGGGUAUGGAUUUUGCAAUCAUUGAAGUGAAGAUUGCUCUGUCAAAGAUUUUAGAACGCUACAGAUUCACUCUUUCCCCUGCAUAUGUCCACUCGCACGAUCCUUCACAAGAUAUGGUGGACUCCGAUUUGCAUACAGAAGUUGAUGGCUUUGCAGGGGAUCAGACGCCCUUCCUACAUGAAUAUGAUCAUCAACGAGUUUCUAAAGUUAUAUCCUCCCGUCCCGCGGUUUCCCUUAGGAGGAAAGCUGGAAGGGAAGUUAAACUGGGAAAGCUCAUCAUUGCCGCUAAUAUUGAUCUCAUCUCAUCAUCCCAUGUUUAG